AUGCCUUGCUUCAAAGGCCUAGCGGUCUCGAUUCACACUCCAGAUGGUCCAAUUUCAGAGCACUCAGUCCAGAAACAAUCCAGAGUAUCGCGCAUCUCUACAUACAUUCCAGUACCUCCUCCUAAAAUACCUGCCAACGGCGAUACCACAAAAGCCGAACAAUCUACCUUUGCAAUUUCCAUAACGUUAUUGACACCCAACCAAGAGGUGCCAUAUUCUACACCAAAACCUACCCCCGAAAACCCUCAUCCCAAGCCACGAGUCGUCGGCGCAUUGCCUGGACAUACAGGAGAUAGGUCAAAAAUACAAGGCGCAGUUGGUCCCUACGUUCCUCUGACCACAAGUCCUAAUGAGACUAUUGCUGCUUACAUCUACUUUGAUGGAAGAGCAAAGGAAGAAGUCGCAACUCUGCUGAGAAGAUCCGAGGAGACCUGGGUCAACUCGCGGUGGGUGUCCGUGCCCGAAUCAGAAGGCGGAGGUCUUGCAGAAAGAGAGUUUCUGUUUCGCGAAGUUGGGAUAGAACGCUGGUUGAAUGGCCUUGAUCUCGAAGGAGGAAAAGAUGCCGCUGCCAUUAUUGAGAAGAGACGUCAAAAGCUUGAGCGCAAGCGUAGGAAGAGAAAGCAAGUCACGACCAACGGCAGCGACGACGAAAUGGAAAAAGACAAGGACAAGCCAAAGAAGACUUUGAGAUACGGCAGUAAUGGUGAACUCGAGGACGUUUCCGACGAUGACGACAAUUCCAUGACCGAUUCGAACACCUCUGACGAUGAUGACGACCCAGUACCUGAAGCCGCAGGUCAAAUUAAAAUUGCUUUGUUCCGAGUGCUAGCCUCGGGGGAGAUCAAGCGAGGAGAGUACUCUCCACAAUUCGAUGCUCACGACGACGACGAGGAAUCUGGGGGUCAAAAUGGAGGUACUGACUCCAAGGAUAUCGACCACACCACCUCUUUCGCGAAGCCCAAAACAUUAGAUCCAAAAACAAUCAGCACACAGACUGUUACAGGGAUUGACCCCACAGACAAACCGUACGCGACCUUUACAUUCUUCUAUCGAGGCGAGCGACAGCUACAGAAAAUGGGAAUAUUACCUACACCAAAGACAGAGAAGACACCUACCUCAGCCAAGCGGAAAAGCGGCAUUGACGCUCUCUCGUCUCUGGGACCAUUGAAGAAAGAAGGUACCGUAGGCUUCCUCAACUAUCGAGAAACGGACGUCACACCAAGCCGCAGGCAAUCCAGUUCAAAGCCGAAAAAAUCCGUGGACGAUAUGGAAUCCGACGACUCUGACGACGAGACUGAGGUUACAGGCAAGAUGGAGGACAUCAAUGACGAUCCGAAGCAAGAUCCAACCCUGCUAUCUGUCGAGGAUGCUGAGCGUGCAGGGCAAGUAAGUGAAGGCAUUCGCAAAAUGAAGGUACGUGAUAUCACAGCUGAUGCUAUUUUCGAUGAAAUCUCUGGUACCCGCGUUCGUGUUUUGAAUCACAGACAUGGGCUAAGAUAUUUUCAGCUCAAACGUCAGCACUCUGCCGAACCACUAAACCAGAACGGUACACUCGGAAGCACGAGAAAAUCCUCCAAAGGCAACUCGGGCACUGCUAGUCCCAGUGCUUCAGGCAGUCCUGCUAUCAAGGCUGAAGAAGUGAGCGGUUCUGUGUCAGCUGAGGGCACGACCGGUGCGAACAUCUUCGGCUCAAGUGUAACAGACAUUAAGAAAGAAGACGACCUGCAGGUUGGGAGUCCCUUCAAGAGACAGAGAUCGAGUAUGGCAGAUUUUGACAGUGGUAUCAAGGAACGUUUGGCGUCUGCUGGAGUCGCCAAUGCGAGCAGCUCGAUCAGCGAAAUAGUCGGUACACACGCAUCGAACGUGGCAGCCACCCCGACAAAGGAUGCGACACCAUCACAGCAGCUGGAUUCAGCUACGUCAGCGCCUGGACUUAAGUUCGGCGGUGCAUUAUUCAAGAAAUCAGACGACAAUGACGAGGAGCUCUGA